GCACCUCUUUAAAGUUCAUUCACCAAGUUCUAGUUGUUUACAGCUUCUCUAUUGUAAUAUGACCUUCUAAAAGUAUUUUGUUAGUCAUUGUUAUAUGCUCUGAUACAGAAAGAGUAUUGACAUUGUCACCAUAGACCCGUAUCAGGGGCUUGUUUGUCUUCCAUGGAGACAGGGUCACCCACGACCAUGUUUGAAGGUUCCAUGUUGGAGUAUGUAACCGUGUUUGUAGAGGAAACAACCUUAGUUCUGGGGACUAGAGCCUUUCAACAUGGGUCAAUGUGAUGGUGUGCUAAGUCAAAGCAGGCCAUGAGGCAACGCUCAAAUCUCUGAAAUCGGAGGUAUUGACGUGAUUGCUGGGAUACAGGGUUGUGCCGAAUGGAAUGAUCCGCUGCUGCGACCGUUGGAACCAUGACAGACGUGGAGAAGGAUGUCGGAGAUGCCAACAACAACAACAAACACGAGAAAAUCAUGGAGAAAGCUCUGGCAAACGGUAGCCCUGGCUCCAGCCCGACCGUCCUCUCCACCAUGUGCUACAGACUGGAACACAAUGACUUACCGUGUGACUGUAAGGAGAACUUUGAGACCAUGUCUCAGACACAGCUGCUGCUAUUGGCUGAGGAGGAGCAGAAGAGUGAGGAUGCUGCCAUGUUGCAGGCAUGGACGGGGAGUGCAGUCACCAGUCCCAUCAGUAAAAAUAGCCAUAAAGAAGACAGAAUACUGCAGGUAGACAGAGACAGAGACCUGUGUAUGUCAGACGUCUUCAAGUACCUGUACCUUGGGAGGGACGAGGGAAAGCAUAACAAGAACAUUCCAGGCUGGGACAUGUGCAAGACCGCCCACAGGGAGGGGAUCCACUUCUACCAGACCUACCCCAAACCCAGCGGAAAGCCGUCACGGUGCAGCAGCGCCCCCUACUCCAGAAGUAAUGAUGACAACGGCAGCAAUAAGAGGACUCCACGCAGUGCAGGGACACGAGACAGGAGAAGAGUGCAGUCUGCUAAUGUGGCUCUGUCACAACGGCCUGGGACGCCUGUGCAACGUCGUACUUACAAUGAGAGAAGACCUCCAUCCAGGGAGGCUUUGGUGCUGGACACGACCUCCCCCAUCCCCUAUGACUUCAGGUAUCACCAGCAGUCACAGCAGUAUGUGGAACAGUACAGAGAGGAUUAUACCUACACGAGAUUGAGACAUGCAGUUGCCGUCCGAUCUGCUAGAGGGAACCAGCGAGGCGGCAGCAGACCCCUGGCCUGGUACACCCCCAACAGAACCUACUCCUUCAACCUGGACCAAGAUGCAGUCAGACUGGGCAACAACAUCAGCAGGCCAGCACCGACCAGCAACUUGGCAGAGAAGAAAAAUAACAAUUUGGACUCUGAUGAAGAUACAUCAUGGUACCAUCAGUACAGACUGAAUCAGAACUUUACCUCCAGACAGCUCCCUGAGGUGGACACCACAAACACCAGCAAUCAUUCAAACACAGGGAGACCAACCACUCAUUCAAACACAGGGAGAGGAACCAGUCAUGUUUCCUUGAUACUGAGCCGAAGCCAAGAAGCCCUCCCAGCAGGCUCUGAGACAUACAGACUAGCCCAGUCCAGUCGGCCGAGAAGCCGCAGUAAGAGUCCCCACCCCAGGAAGAAGCGCGAGGCCCGCAGUAUGAUGAAACAGACUCUAGGUGCGGGUUACUACCCAGCACAGAUGAAGUGUCUACCUGACCGCACCUCCCCGUCCAUACCCAGCCGCAGACAGCAGGAGAGGAUGAACAACAACCGUCCUCAUCAACAUCAGCAGGUGUCAGAUACCAAACAGUCAGAUGACUCCAAGAUGAGUCCAGUACUGAUCCGAGGAAUCCGUCCACCCAGCAUGAACCGCGUCACCACACCUGUCCAGGGAAAGGCCAACAGCUAGGAACUACAGGAACCAUCCAGCAGGGCUGGUGUAGUGGCUUCAUGGACCAUGUCUGCUGCUUGCCGCUGAUGACUUAGAGAAUAUCUAUACUCAAUAGUGCACAACUGCCAUUUUGUACUGCCACAUAGUCAUUUAUCUGAAUUUUUUGUUUGGAAAAUAAUGCUUGUCCUUGUCAACUACAACCAAAAUGCUUCAAAUCUGAUUUGAGGGUAAAUAAGUGUUCCUAUUUACACAUGACAGGACGUGACAGUUGAUGAGGCAACAAUUAACGCAGAGCACAAAUUACAGUAUAGUUGCCAAACCCUCUUUUCUCAGGGCAGCCUUCUUCCAUUGGUAGAUAUGGUCACAGGACAUUAUUAAUAUAUAACCAGUAAAUAUGUCAAUUUUGUGUUCAGCAUUUUCUACAAAAUGUUUUUUGUAUCA